UUCAUUCACUCUAUUUUAUGUCAGUUCAAUUCAAUCAUUCAUUUUCUCAGACGUCAAGCUGAAUCGACCCGCGGUGGUCGCGCGUAAUAAAAAUAUUGGGAGAUCGUAGGUAUUGAACCAAAAAAACAUGUAAAUCUAAUAAACAACAUGAUUUUGGACAUUUCUUCAAAGUAACCCGUGAUGUUUUUGGUCACCUAACCAUUUAGUUUCUAGUUCGCCGCGGAGUAUCCUAAAAUGGGCGACGUUCUGAGUUUAUUUUCUGUGAUAAUAAUGAAAUUUAAAGCUAAGUUCAAUGAAAGUAAGAUUUAUUUUCAUUGGGAUAUUCCGUGGGAGAAAAUGAAGAAGGUAAAAUGGAUGAACGAGCGAGCAUCGCCGGAUAGAGCCUACGUUCCUACGCUGGUAGAGAACGUAGCGAACGUAUGCACGCACGCGAUAUGCGUGGCGCCAGCGUCACUCGGCGCGCGCGAGCUCCUCACGCGCUCGCUCAACGCGCCUCAAGCUAUCGCAGCCGUAGUAUACGGACUGGCACUGUGUCUUCUGUUCGCCGUGUCGACUACCUUCCACUCGGUAUGCUGCUGCAGAUCUGAUACCAAAAUGAAGCACUGGCUGCACCGCUGCGACCGCGCCAUGAUCUACAUCUUCAUCGCCAGCUCCUACUUCCCCUGGCUGACCGUCGGCACGCUCUCCUGCUGGAUGCUCCGAGAGCUGCGCUGGGCCAUCUGGUUGCUGGCCGUCCUCGGCAUCACGUACCAGCAGAUCUUCCACGAGCGCUACAAGAUGCUGGAGCUGCUGCUGUACCUGGUCAUGGGGCUCGGGCCCGCUGCGAUCAUCGUCACGUCUAAUCACCACUUCCCAGCGAUGUCGGACCUGAAGCUCGGCGGCAUGCUGUACCUCAUCGGCGUGUUCUUCUUCAAGUCCGACGGCCGGAUCCCGUUCGCCCACGCCAUCUGGCACAUCUUCGUCGCCCUGGCUGCCACGGUACAUUACUUGGCGAUACUUCGCCACCUCUUCCCAGAACUUACACAAUGAAGACUGCCCUAUCUCGGGACGGCUCUCUUUAGGCUAUUUUUGUAAGCCGUGGAGCGCCAAUCGACGAGGCACACUCAACAUUAAAUAAAUAGUGACGGCUAAAGAAGCAUUCCACGAAAUUGUAUACCAUUGUCCCGUACAUAUGCGAAUUUUUUUAUCGGCGUGUUGUUCAUCUCCGACGGCCGGAUCCCGUUCGCCCACGCCAUCUGACACAUCUUCGUCGCCGUAGCUCCCACGGUACAUUGCUUGGCGAUACUUCGCCACCUCUUCCCAGAACUUACACAAUGAAGACUGCCCUAUCUCAGGACGGCUCUCUUUAGGCUAUUAUUGUAAGCCGUGGAGCGCCAAUCGACGAGGUACACUCGACAUUAAAUAGAU